CAGCUGUGUGGUCAUUGUCGCAGUACUUGAAGAGAACAAAAAAAAUCGCUGUAUAAAUGGAAAAUUACAACAAUAUAAAAAAGAUAUGACUGUAAUAAAGUAAACAUUGAUCAAAUUACAAAUCACUGAAUAAAUUAACACACUUAAAAAUGGCCGAGCACACAACAACUGAUUUAGGCCGUGGCCAAGAAGAUUAUAGUACAACCAUGAUGGAACAAGAUACGGGAAAUGUAGAUAGCAAAGAAGGUAUUAAACUCUAUUCCAGAUGUAGUAGUGCUGGCAGCAUACACACACCCAAUUCAUCGCCCCACAAUACAGAUGACGACGAUGAUAGUGGGGAUAAUUGUAGUGGUCGUGGUGGUUCUUCGGCCACUUCUACUUUAAGCUAUAAGGAACGACGACGUGAGGCUCAUACCCAAGCCGAACAGAAAAGACGCGAUGCCAUUAAGAAGGGCUAUGACAGCUUGCAAGAACUGGUGCCUACUUGUCAGCAAAAUGACUCGGCCUCAGGUUACAAAUUGAGUAAAGCGCUGAUUUUGCAGAAAUCCAUCGAUUAUAUAGGUUAUUUGAAUCAGCAGAAGAAAAAGCAAGAGGAAGACAGUGCUGCUUUGCAAAAAGAAGUAAUUGCUUUGCGUAUCAUACAAAACAGUUAUGAGCAUAUGUUGCAACAUCAGCAGGCUAAUCCGGGACCUGAAGAGGCACGUUUAACUGAUGAGGCCAAGUUUCAAGUGUUUCAAGCUGUGAUGGAUGAAAUGUUCGAGACUUUUCAACACAUCCCCAUGGAUAAUUUCAAACAAUUGACUACCGGGGUUAUACCCUGGUUGGAGGAACACUGCAAGCCUCAUAUUUUAAGAAAUAUUUUAAGUCGUACCUUGCAACAAAUGCAAGUUAAUCAAGCUCAAGAAAUGCAACAGCAACAACAACAGCAGCAGCAGCAACAAAAUAUGAGCAUGGAUCAACAAGACAGUGAUGGUUUCAGUUGAUCCAUAACUACAAAAUCCAAAGUGUAUAUAUAAAAUGAAAAUGACACGAUUUAAAUAAGAAAUUGUCAUAGCAUACGAUUAUUUUAUUUCUAUUUUUUUGUUUCAGUUAACGUUUCAUUGAAAAUACGAUAACGUUUAAUAUUUAAGCAUAAUCACUAACUAAAUUAAAAUUACAAUACAAUAUAUACGUACAUACAUACAUA